UGCUUCGCCAUAGUCGUUUACUAUUUGUAAUAUAACAUUUCCAUGAAUCGUCACAUUACUGAUACAAAUCAGUGUUGGUGUCGUUUACUCUCUGAUCCCUCCCUCGACGACAAAACGAAAAAGCGUUGCUCUUCUUCUUCUCACUGCAGAACCUAAUUGAGCUUUCAUGGAAUACGUUUCAAAGCUGCCACUACCAGACGCUUUCGUCCACUUUCUGGAGUCCAAUGGGCUCGACCCAUCGAUUUAUACUGCAAUUGAUUCCAUCCCACGAUUCAUUCGGUUGAAACCUGGUUGCGAAACUUGUAUUGAAGAGGUUGAAGCUGAGAUGAAAUGCAAACUCGAAAAACUGGAAUGGCUGCCAGGGUUUUACUCUCUUCCACCAAAUAUUCAAAUUGCUGGCUCUAGGGCAUACCAAGAAGGGAAGAUAUAUGGAAUUGAUGCAUCUUCCGGAGCUGCUGUUAUGGCUUUAAAUAUAUCACCAGGGGAUCAUGUCCUGGACCUAUGUGCUGCUCCUGGUGCUAAACUUUGUAUGAUACUUGACCUUCUUGAUGAUUCGGGCUCUGUAACUGGAGUAGAUGUUGCAAGGCAUCGUUUGGCAGCAUGUAGAACAAUGCUGCAGAAAUAUACACUGGGUGAUCGAUGUCGGCUUUUUGUUGCUGAUGGAACAACAUUUUCUGUUAUUCCUGGGGGAUUUUGUUCUGACUGUAAGUCAUGUCAGUCUGAAUCGGAAGAAAGAUUGGAUGUGUUCAAGGAGUGGUCGUCUAGAAGACCAUGGAAAGAGAGGAAAAGGGCAAAAAAAAGUGGUACUCCACAAUUGGUGUCUAGGUCUCAGCCUCCUGAACUCAUAUAUUAUGGACAACAUUCUGGAGUUGUUGGUCUUACUAAAGGAGAAUUAUAUAAGACUGUAUCUGACAAUGAGAUUGCUAGUCAUGGCUAUGACAAGGUCCUUGUGGAUGCAGAAUGCACUCAUGAUGGUUCAGUUAAACAUAUUCAAAAGUUUGAACAUUGGGGCUGGAGAACUCUUCAGCGUCGUGUACUAGAUGCCGAGAGGACUGAUAACUUACAUGCUCUUCAGCUGAAUCUUCUCACCAACGGUUUCAGACUACUAAAAGUUGGAGGGUCACUCGUCUACAGCACUUGCAGCUUAACUGUUGCCCAGAAUGAAGACGUGGUGGAUGAGUUCUUGAAGGAAAAUGUAACUGCUGAAUUGACGGAGAUAGAUGCUGCCAGAACUUGGCCAUGCAAAGGUGGUCGCAUACAAAAAACAUGGCGAUUUGACCCGUUAACAUCACAAACUAGUGGACUCUUUGUAGCGAAGUUCACAAAAGUAGUCAUUUGAUCUUCUUGUUCCAUCCUCAGAGAAAAUAUUCUUUUGAAUUGCCAAAUAGUUUUAGAUAUACUCCAAAUAUAUUAGAAAGUUUCAUAAUAGAUAAUUUUAUUAUUAUUAUUAUGUAGCCAAUUAACUCAAAUGAAUUUAAAUUAUCGGGAUACAUGAAUUUUUUUU